GCCAGUGAAGGUUCCUUGCUGCAUACUUUUCAAAUCUCAACUUCAUAAGCGGAAAUGGCCACUGUAACGCGUAAGAUCUCCCAGGACACCUGGAAUCUUCACAAAGAGACUAUCUUGAGUCUCUACUUGACAUCAGAUCACUCUUUGAAGGAUUUAGUCCAGAUUAUGGAUAGAGACCAUGGAUUCUCCGCUUCUUCUUCACAGUUUGAGGCCCAGCUGAAAGUCUGGAAGGCUCGCAAGAACCUCAAAAGGCUAGAAUGGGAACAGUUACUCGAAAAGAUUGAUGGCCUAUCUUCUCAAGGUAUUCAGUCUAGAGUAGUAAUCUCAGGCCAUCCCGUGUCGACGAAUAAAGUCCAUCGAGCAAGGCGUUAUUGUAAGGGUAAAUCUCACCUUGGUAAACGCCGUCGGGAUGAGGCAGAUCUCGAUGAAACAAUGGAAAACGUCACCACUAGCGACGUCUUGAUUGAAGUCCAAGAUCAGAGCGGCAGAUGGACUCAGCAUACCACCAUGGCAAAGAUCAGUGACACCCAAGCGGACUUUAGCUCAACACCUGGAAUACCUCGCCUUGAUACGCAAUUGCAUCUAGUUGAGGAUAGUGAUGAUCGAAUAGGAUUACUUCACGACGAGAGACCCAUUCCUCCAGGGCCUGGUAAUGCAUCUCUUCUGCAUCUUCCAUUUGAUACAUCCUUCGAUAACUCAUUUUCCACUGGCGGUAGUCAGUAUUUCCCGCCGUUUAUGGACGAGCCAUUUAUUGGCCCUGAGCCUUCGGAAUCACAAUCAUUUCUACAGAAUGAACCCAACUUUGCUACGGCUUUUUCGACCCUAGAAGUAGUAACUUCUCCGCUGCGAUUAGUUGACACUACUCCAUUUCCGUUUGGGACGCUUUUCCCGGAGGAACUGCCAUUCAAACGAUUUGAGCGGGAAUUGAUAUCGAAAGGUCUCAAAUUAACUGACUGCCCGUCACCACUGCAAGAUUCACGUCUGCUAUUUGGUGCCUCAAAAUUAACCUCAAUGUUCAUCCACGAAACCGCAAUUGCUAUGUCACGCAGAAAUGAAAAAUCCAACCAAGAGAACUUUUACAACGCUUGGCGAUCAUUGCAAACAUUGGGCACGAUUCUUCCAAGGGAUCAGCAUGGCUAUGAUAACGGCAGCAUAGCACUAUGUACACAAGAAAUGUCUGAUGUUGACUUGCAUCGACUUCUUUUAUUGUCCGCUGCGAAUGGAUUUAUCGGGAUGGGCGAUAUACCCAUCGAAACGGCGUUGCGGUUUCUAGAUCGCAAUAGCAACAUCACCUCGCUAUUGCCGCGCGUUUUCCAAGAGAAUAGAAGCCCUAUCGCGAGGAGCCUUGCAGAGAAUCUGUUCCGGGCAUCAAUAGAGGCAUGCGAUCACCAGAAAACUAGAUUCUUCCUCCAAAUGGGCCUGGUAGAUGUCGACAAUACAAUUUACUUCGUCAAUAGUGAAAAGCGUACUCCUAUAGAGCGAGCCGCCGAACUCCAAGGACUCAAGGUCGUUAAGGAGUUGCUCAUAUUCAAACCUGAUGUUCGACGAGCCCUAGGAUAUUUGAUAAAGGGGAGAUGUCCUACGAACUGGUACGGGUACGGGGCAAAGCGUGACCACAGCCUGUUUACCCCGGAUUUUAUUGGGGUACUGGAUGCCUUAAUUGAAGCAGGGGCAGAAAUUUGCAGCUCAUCCAUUGAACAAGCAUUCAGAGGAUUUGUCGAUACGAGUCUCGCCGAGACGCUUCUCAAUAGACUUACGCCAUCUUUCCAUUCGGAAGCUUUUGAAGAUGAUAUUCCGAUCCUAAUCGCGCGGGCAUUUCCGGAUGACAUUGCCCAGACAGUGAUGGCUAAAAUCAUAUCACAGUGUGAGCAGGUCGGUUGUAAGGCAUGUAUGAGCAAGUAUUCAGAUACGAUGAAGAAAGCACUCGUGUCUGGCGCGAAGCGAGGCCUUACACGGCUUGUUCAGUUUUUGCUCAAAUAUGCGAAGUGUUCGCUGGCUCUAGUCCUCAGCGCGGCUAUACAAAGUGGGAAUCAAGAACUAAUCAAUUACCUACUCGACCAAAAUAUUGAUUUACGCAGAGCACCGGCUGAAAAGUUGGAUUCUAAGAUGACGACACCACUGGCUGAGGCAAUCAUCGCGGGAGAUAAAAUACUUAUUGGAAUACUUGAAAAGAGAACUGUACUUCACAGCCUAAAAGAUGAAGACGUUUCAUCAAGCCAUUUUGCUUCUGCGAUGGCCGCUGCAGCGCAAGUAGGAGAUAUCGACUACAUGAAAAAGCUGUUGUUACUCCAUCAUCACAUUGACUAUAAAGGAAUUGCAGGAUUAUUUGAUGCUGCCGUUGAAUAUCAGCAAGAAGAUGUCGUGCGGUUUUUGCUUGAUAUAGGGAUAUGCCAUCUUGAUAUUUAUAUGACAUCUACGACGAACUGGUUCUUUAAAGUUUACAAACGGGGAAACAAAUCGCUCCUUCUUCACAUGAUGUCGAACAUUCCGGGUCUCAUCUUCAGAAGAAUAACAGGCGGCGCCAUUGAAGAUUCAAAACUAGAAGAUGUGGAUAUGUUCAACUUCUUUUGCAAAUCUGGCCGGGCCACAAAAGAAUUCCUAACAGACUGUUUGCGUAUAGCUGUUAAGAAUAACGACAUUCGAAUGCUUCAUAGUCUUCUUCGGCAAGGAGCAGAUGCAACGGACGAGAUUAUGCUUAUGUAUGCCGUAGGACGUCCCGACACACUUCGCAUAAUUUUAGCGCAUAUCCCGCCGAACCACCGAGGUGACCCAGGGUUUGGGCAGACGGCUGUUCAUACAGCUAUUUUAGGACGCAAUACAGAAGCGCUAGAUAUUCUCCUAAAAUGCAAAAGCAUUGAUUACGAGUCACUAAAAGUCGGCACUGCUACGCCUCUUUCGACAGCAAUUAGAAGGGAUGCGGAUUGCUCUGGCCUCAUUUUCCCAUUUACCACGAGGAUCCUUAGCACGGGGUGCGACAUCAAUGGCAUUAUAGAGCACGAUAUCUCGAACCGGCUAGGCUCUAAUGUGACACCACUUCUAGCGGCAAUCAAAACGAGAAACAAGAACCUGGUACAGUUUAUUAUAAGCCGUGGUGCCAAUAUCAACAAAGAGGCCAGGUAUGGAGUCAGGCAAACACCGUUACAAGCUGCUGCCCAGGUUGGCAGUCUGGAUAUUGUGGAAUUGCUUCUUCACAACGGUGCGGACGUUAACGCCAAACCAGCACUUCAUCGUGGCGGGACAGCUUUGCAGUUCGCAGCCAUGAGCGGAAAUUGCAAUAUCGUCGUAAUCUUGAUGAAUUACGGCGCUAGCGUGUACGAUGCCCCAUCUGAGUUCGGUGGAAUAUGGCCUAUCGAGGCCGCUGCUGAGCAUGGCCGCGUAGAUAUGAUCCAGUUUCUCUGGAACGCGAGUAUUUUUGGUAUACCAAUUGAGCAGUGCCGUAAAGCAAUCCGACUUGCAGAAAAGAAUGGACAUGGAGGAUGCAAGGAAUUGGUCUCUACCUUGGCUGUGUCAAGCGGAAUCAUGCCUGCGCUUGAGGGAUAGGAGUAAGGCGGGCUCGCUGGGCACGCAUCUCGUUGAACUUGACAUGGAUGAGUAUCGCUAUGGCAUCGGGGUCCAAUUGCAAUGGACUUUUCUUAUGUAAAGUCACGGCGUUUGGUAUGCGAAUUGGUUCAAAGGGGAUGGAGUUCAUGGGUGACUGUGAUUCCGGUCAUUGUUAGGUGUUAUGCGCUUAUUGACUGGGCGAAUGAUGAAUGAAAGCGCUUUCCUUCACAAUCUUUCAUAGCUCUGCAUAAUUUCAUAGGUAUUUCAAUUCAUGUGGUAGAAAGCUAGACCUAUUUCUACAAAUGAAACACAGUUUCAUACGAG